UGUUGCCUUUUAUGUGUAAAAAAUAAUUUACUUUUAUUUUCCAGGUUUGCCGCCAUCAAAAAUGUGCCUAGAAAAGAUAUACAAGCACUUCGCAGUAUUGGCUUCAUUUACUUUUUGUAUCUCUUCCUCUAUUCGGGAUUGGAAUUUACUGUAACGUUUCUGAUGUAUCAUAAGUUCGGGUACACAUCGAUGGAUCAGGCCAAGAUGUUUUUAACCACAGGUCUCGUUAUGACUCUGCUACAGGGAUCUGUGGUACGUCGUCUGCCAGAAGCAAAGAUCAAAACAUAUGCCAUAUUCAGUCUGUACCUGAUUGUGCCUGCCUUCGUCUUAGUCGGUCUAGCAGACAAUAGUCAAAUGCUCUAUGCCGGCAUGAUACUAUUCGCAAUCUCCACUGCAUUUGCAGUUACCUGUUUAACUACCUUAGUGUCCCGCUAUGGCAACGAUGAUCAAAAGGGUUCAGUAUUAGGGAUAUUCCGUUCACUAGGUGCGCUGGCUCGUGCCCUGGGCCCAGUUGUCGGAUCUAUAGGUAAGUGCUAUACUCUAAUAC